GCGACUACUACAAAGCUCCCGCCCAUUACGAGCAUUGCUCUUAUAUCGCCUCGGCACAUCUUGCGACAUCUACAGAAUAACGUUUUCGCAAACAUGAGUUCGUCGCACGCCCCAACUAGUCCACCCGCCGAGGAUGACCCAGCCAGAACCAUUGUAUACGAUCCGAGCGACCCGUUCUGGCGAGAAACCGACGACGAGUAUGAUGACGACAUGGACUUUGUACCUGCAGAAGAGGGCACCGACGAUAACGAUGAAGGUGAAGCUGAUCUGAGCUUUCACGAUGCCGCAGAACGAUUGAGCAAUCUCAGCGGAGUGGAGAUCGCAUUCGAAUACACCGAUGAUAACGACGAUGACGACGACGAUGACGACGAAGAUGAAGAGAACGGAGAGGACGACGAAGAUGGAGACGAGAACGAGGAAGAGAACGACGAUGCAGAGGAAGACGAGAUGGACAACCCUCGCCAGCCAAUUAUGAUUACGCGCGAGCAGAUAAUGCAGUUGCUUGGACACGCUGGAUUGGGCCGCAUAUUCGCCACCGAUUUCAUUCCACGAUCCGCGCUCCGGCGACGCAGACUCGAUGAGGACGACGAAGACGAGGACGAAGACGAUGGCUACGACCCUCUCGGUUCGACGAGGACCUCUGGAAGGAGGCGACGACCACGAGGCAUAGAUUUGUUUGAAAAGGUGCCUAGCGAGCAGGGUCAGGAAUUGAUGCAAGGGGGCAACUUCGGAACAAAUCCUCGAUCGCAAGACACACUUAAGCGAAAAAAGAAGUUAGCUUACAACAUCAUGCGACGAGAGUUAGGUAUUGGUGGUGACGGUCGCCAGAAGAAUUCCACGAGAUUGUUGAGGCAAGAAAUGAUACCAGAAUCAGUGGCCGACACAAUCAUUCACUACAAUGCGCGAUGCUAUUCAGGACAGUUUUCAGACGAUGGCAACUUCUUCUUUUCAUGCGCUCAGGAUUUCAAAGUACGCAUGUAUGACACAUCGAAUCCAUACGAUUGGAAGUACUACAAGACUGUAAGGUAUGAUGGUGGUCAAUGGACGAUUACGGAUGCAUCAUUAAGUCCAGACAAUCGCUUUCUGGCAUACAGCUCCAUUAGGAGUAUUGUCGCACUAGCACACACCGACCCUGACAACGAUUCUGAACCACACUAUCUUGAUUUUGCAGACCUCGGUCGGCCUACCCCACGUGGGUAUCGCGGAUAUUUUGGUAUCUGGUCGAUAAGAUUCUCUGGCGAUGGUCGCGAAAUUGUAGCAGGAACGGGAGACAGUUCUGUUUAUGUAUACGACAUUGAACGUCGUCAGUCAGUGCUACGCAUACCAGGUCAUCAAGAUGAUGUGAAUGCAGUCUGCUUCGGCGACACUCAAUCGCCACAUAUUCUUUACUCUGGCUCCGACGACACAACGCUCAAGGUCUGGGAUCGAAGAAGUAUGGGUGACGGUCGCGAAGCCGGUGUUUUUCUGGGACACACUGAGGGCUUGACAUAUGUCGACAGCAAGGGAGAUGGACGAUACGUGCUUAGUAACGGCAAAGAUCAGACUGCUAAGCUGUGGGAUCUGAGGAAGAUGAUGUCAAAGGAGAAGGCAGACGGCAUUGAUCCCAAUGCAUACACCAACCGCUUCGAGUACCGAUCCAACGCAUACGACUUUGAUGAGUACCGUCCGCAUCCACAUGACUGCUCACUUGUUACGUUCCGCGGGCACAAGGUGUUGAAGACGCUUAUUCGAUGUCACUUUUCGCCUCCUGGUAGCACAGAUUCGCGAUAUGUUUACUCUGGCAGCUACGACGGCUCGGUCUACAUCUGGAACAUGGAUGCGACAAUUGCUGGCAAGGUCGAUGUUCUCAAGGCAACCAGGAACUCACGACCACGCGACCCAGAUCUUCUUGCUGGAAUGUACGAGCACUGGGGUAGAAACGAGGGCAGAUGGCAGACGUGUGUUCGUGACGCGAGUUGGCAUCCCAACGCACCUAUGAUUGCUGCAACCUCAUGGAACGGCUGGGGUACCUCACAGGGAACUUGCACAGUCCACACUUGGAACGAUGGCCUUGAAGAAGAUGAAGCAGAGCCUAAGAUUGGGAGGCGGGUCAAUGCACAACUGCAGCAUGAUGAACGGCUUUACACGAGUCCUGAGGGCAGGGCGAGACGACACCCCAUGUGGUAUGAAGACAUGAUGAAUGAGGAGUGAAAGCUCCUGCAUCGCUGACCCUUCUAGAAUUCCGACGGAUGGGUGAAUACAAGUGCUGCAUAUAGGGAUUUGGUGAGAAGUUGGGAAUGCAAUCGGAUGUUCACAGGGACUUCCGAUCUUGCUCAACAUCGCUGUCACAGCGUUACAAGCACCGCGUUAUCGUUCUACUCCACAUACACCGUUCACACCACAACACACAGUUCGUAGACCAAAUCAAGAUGAAUCCUGUGCAUGCCUAAAUUUGG